AGGUAGUUGUACCUUCAGAUUCCAACGAGAUACUCUGAGGAAGGCCGGAACACUCUCUAGAUUCCAUUCUGGGGCUGAUUCUGUCACUCGCAUCAUCCAGUGAGUUCCAUCUCGUGUCCUUCAUUUUGGCUUUUACUUAGACUAGCCUGUCCAAGGACUCCCGUACUCUGUUGCCGGUACCUCCCUCAUUCAAGCGGGAACUGGCUCCAGCUUGCAAAGUUGGAAAUAGCCGGAUCAUGCACGGGAUCCGCAGACACUCACAGACCGUGUCGGUCGUUCUCCCGAUCGAUCGUCACCAUCUUCUAGCACCCGGCCCGCGAUGUGUUUUCAAUGCGAGAGGAAACGUAACUGUCGAGUUGUAGACUGGCAGGGACCCGAAGGUAUGUACCGUGCUCUGUUGUUUCGCCGUGGACGGUCCGGAGGGAGCUGUUGGGAGGUGCGGCUUAAAGGUGCAGGGAACUGCGUGCACAUUGGAAGACUACAGGAGCGUGUCUUUUAGGGAGGCUGGCAUGUGCUGCCAUGGAGAGAAAGGACGGUGUGAGUGAAGGUCCGGCAAGCCUCGUGUUUUCUUCAGCCGUCAGUACGAUUGCAACUCUUGUUUAUCGUUUUUGCCGCGGCCUCCUGAGGAACGUGGGAAAUCUCACCCGGUCCAGCCUCCAGGACCCACUGGGGGAGCCCAAAGGUAUUCCUUCGCGGGAUUUCGAUGUUACGGACUGGAGCUCAGAACCCCACAAGUACACUGACCGAUGUGUGUAAGGGUCCGUACGGAUAUAAACUACUCCAGGAGAAAGAUCGGCGGACAGAAUGGGGCUGAUGGUUACGUCGGUCGUACGAACGAAAAUCUGAAGUCGCCGAACUGUAUCACAACCCCAAUCUCCAAUCAGGUCUGUCCCAACAUGUGUGAUCAUAUCGAAAUAUACGAUCAUACAUCUCCUGCUUCUCCGAUCUAGAGACUCAAGUCGGUAGACCAAAUGCUUGAUUAUUUGAUGAUGUAGCCAACAAAUAACGGUUUGGUGCCUGCAGCGGCCUCACUUUUAGCUCGGUCUCUCGGCCCUGACAGAUUAGCUCAUAACUUGAAGACUCCGUACAAGUCUCAUCCACUCGGACCCCCACUGUACUCAAGCUGGCACACUUUUCAUGGCAGUCAAAUCACAUAUUCCACAACAAUCUCGUUAGGCGCAUUCAUUGAAUCUAGAAACUCGUACUUUCAAAUCUUAGUACGCAAGAGACUACCGGCGAAGAGUUUGCGCAUUGUACAGUAUAAUUCUUAUCUUCACUCUUUGGAUACAUUUACGUGUUCAUAAUAUCGGGAAACGGGAACUAUAGAUGUGAAAGUUGAAGUGCCUGCAUACUGUACGCCUGAUUGGAGGUAGCUGUUUGCGGUAAAAUAUCCGUCUACAACAUG